AUGUCGGUGAACGAUCAGCCCCCCUCCGCGGAUACUUCACUCUCCCAGCUCUCGAGCCAACCCCCUGCAUCCGAUCUGGACAUUCUGAACCAGCGAUUGAAGCGCCUCUCCGACGACGUACUCCCCCUUCAUCCUUACCUCCUCACCCUCCCAACGAAUGCGCCGUAUCGUCUCGGAUCCCGCUCCGCCAACAGCAAUUGGGCCGUGGGACAUGACCGUCCCUUCCGCCAGGACGAGCAGGAACUUCAGUAUAUGACCUUUUUGACACACCACGACACAGAUUCCUUGCUAGUAGCGGUUGGCGAUUGGUCCGACGAGUCGGGUCGCAUGAUGUUGGAUCAACCUCCCGGCCCGAGGACGACCACCGAGCACAAGCCCCGAGAAACUGUGGCCAAGAAGAAGAUUAGCUUGAACGACUACAAGAAUCAGAAAACCACUGGAGCUGCCCCGUCCCCAUCACCGGCAAUUCAUGAUCAGAAGGGCCGGGACCGUUCCAACUCGGACCGGCGCGACAACACACCACGCGCACCGAACCCCGACCCUGUAAAGAAGCACCACGACAAGCACGAGAAGCACGAGAAGCUUGAGAAGCCUGAACCGAAGCCUCAAAAUCCCGCGAAACCACGCCCAGACCUCUCUCCAGAAAAAACAGCCAAGAAGCGGCCCCCGACCACAGAUACCGAGCAAGGGAAUUCACACGCGACCAAGGAAUCAAGCAUGCAUUCUUCCAAGAAACCGCGAUUAUCGCCCGAGAAAGAGUCGCGCAAAGAAGUCACAGCUGCUAAAAUACUCCCAAGGCUCCUCUCCCCAACACUUCCUCCCUCGCCCGCCCCGGAGGUCAGCUCGGGACCCCGACUACCGCGGUUAUUAUCUCCGACUCUACCCCCGGAGAUUGAAAAGGAAUUGGCACAGCUCAAGGAAAAGGAGAAUUCGCCCGGCCAAAGCUCCCCGAAGCGUGACAAUCCAGUUGCCAAGCCGAGGCGGGACGAUACAGGCCACUCUCGAACUCCUACGUCCGUGAAUAACAGCAGCAACUCGAGUCUACAAAGCAGCCGUGCGGGCAUUUUGGCAAAGGAUUCCUCCCACUCCUCCCGGUCAAGUCUGAUUGUGAAAUUGCGCUAUGGAAAGAUGAACCGAAAACGAGUUGACAGUCUGCUCAAAUUCCCCGGUAAAAGGAAAGCCCACCGGGCGGAUUCGCCGUCAGGUCAAGACACGGAGAUGGAGGAGACUCCCCUUGUCGAACGGAGGAAGGACUCAGGGCCAACUCGUGCAAAUCCACCGUCUGAUCGAGUCAAGCCCAAGACCAAGCCCGAGGCCGGUGAAUCGACACCUGGUCCUAGCGGUAACAAUCCCCGCGUGAAGGAACCGAGACCAUCAGUUGAAAAGCCUCACCCACCCGCUCCCGAAAAAGUCAAGACGACCUCCUUAACACCCGUCAAAGACCUCAAGGGCUAUGGAGGCCGCCGCAAUGAUCUUGCAGAAGGCGAAAGCAGGACACCCGUCAACCUGGCCACCAAACGUCUCUCAGUCGACCCAGGCAGCAAAGGAUCACCCUCACAACCAGAGAAUCGCUCCCGCAAUCACGACCGACGAGACCAGGAGCGAAGGGCCUGGCAGGAAGACUUCAGGAAUUUCACCAGAAUCGGUCGAGACUUGAAACAUGCCGCCGAACGAUACAACAACGGACCCUCCGCUACCGAUGAGAAAUUGGCCGUCGUGACUGCUAUGGAGGCGAUCAUGUGCUUCGUUCUCGCUUUCGUGGCCGACGACCAAGGGAAAGCCCUCGUUCGACAAGGGGGAGACUCAUCCGCCUGGCGUUCCAUUAUACCCUAUUGGCGCGCCGUCAAGAAAAACAGUUUCUCCUUUCCGGCCUUGCAUAAUUUAUGCCAGCUCCUAGGUGCAGUUUCCUACGAUACUAUUCACGCAUUGGACCUUGAACGUCUCGCCGUUACUCCGUUGCCUGGAGAACAUACCCCAGUACCCACACCAGGCAGCGACGGCAACACCGUAUUAGCAGACGAGAACAAGAAGAGCCUCAAGGAAUUUGUGGAGCUGAAAAGCCGCCUGCUGGAACACUACAAGGAGUCGCAGAAGUUGUGGCUGGAUGGUUCCCGCGGUCUUUCUGAGGAUAUUCUCAGUCGAGACUUUCCUACCACCUGGUCCCGGCGCUCUCACCAUUACGCCGAGCGAGGCAAAAUAUCUCUCAAACCGGGGGAUUAUGCCGGUGAAUAUUUCCUUCCUCUCGGUGUAGCCACACCACCCAUCGAAGUGGUCCGUUUCGGCUGGUCUCUCCUGAAGGAAUGGUGCACACAAGAAGGCGUGGAGUGGCAAGGUCGCCUAGGCCUUUGA